CAAUACCCAAACAAGUGAACCCACCCUCUAAAGAUUCAAUCUAUCAUCUUCGUUACAUUUAUCUACAAAAGAUGGAACAAAAUCACUUGAAGAAGAUUAACUUCGUCAAAAACUCCCUAUUUGAACAGGGUUAUUUGGAUGAACAAUUCACCCAACUUGAGGAUUUACAAGAUGAUGCAAACCCUAAUUUUGUGGAAGAAAUCGUCACAUCGUUUUACUCAGAUUCAACGAGACUAAUUCGCAAUGUAGAAACCGCACUGGAGAAUCACCCACUUGAUUUUUGCAAGCUUGAUAAUUAUAUGCAUCAAUUCAAGGGUAGUAGCUCAAGCAUCGGUGCCAAAAAGGUGAAGGUCGAGUGCAAUCAGUUUCAGGAAUGCUGCAAAGCUAGGAAUGCCCAGGGAUGUAUUAUGGCAUUUCAACAUGUGAAGCAAGAGCAUAGCACUUUAAAGAGAAAACUUGAAGCAUAUUUUCAGAUCUUAAGGCAAGUGGAAUGAUAAGAAGAAUCACGUCCUACAAGCGGAAGGAAGAAGAAGAAAAUACAAUGUCAAACAAUUCGAUCAUCAUCAUUUUUAUAAGCAGUUAAGUUUAUGCUUUUGCAUCGAGUAUUUGUUUUGGUUUCUAAUUUUCGGUGUGUUGGAUGUAUCAUAUCCACUUGCGGGAUGCAUCAUUCUUUUUGUUCAACUUUCAAAGUCAAAUAAUACAUGUCGCCUUAGCGAUAAAAUUAUCCA